GUCAUGGGUACAAUAAAGCUAAUAGUAUAAAAGUGUUGUCGAGAUAUGAGCGGAGGGACUGCUCCUCAGCUGGGAAACACUGAAGAUGACUGACGGUCGUUUGUGGAGUACAGACAGUUCAAAACACUUGUAGACGGGCCUAACAGCCAUGACUUGCAUACACCCCCAGCAUGGAUCUCAGUCCUAUGAGAACAACCUUGGCAGCUCGGAGCUUCAAACCACAGACUUUAUCUCCAGGCUGGCUGUCGAUAUGAGCAGCCCACGGGACCAUCUCUCUGCUCCAUCCCUGCCAAGCAUCAGCUCCCUGGUGGGCACUCAGGCAGCCGACUUUGAUGCAUAUUCAUGUCAGUUCACUGCAGCCCCUGCCCAUGUCACUCCGUCGUCUGGCCAGGAGACCCCCUUCAAGCUGGAUGACCUCCAGGUUUACGGCUGCUACCCUGGAACGUUCCCUCUGAGUUACCCGGACGAGGCCGUAUCCCCUGCUGGGUCAGAUUAUUUCGGCAGCCCUGCAUCGGCCUCAUCUCCUUCAACCCCUGGGUUCCAGAGUCAGCAUGCGUCCAACUGGGAUUCAGCCUUCGGGCCAUACUCACCCAGUCCAGGAUACUGGCCGGCAGAGGAGAACACAGUGCCACAUGCACCCUCUUUCUUCACUUUUGGCUCAGGGUCUAUGGAGGAUAUGUCUCAUUUGGUUCAACCACACUUACGAGAACAGGAUCCUUUCCCUUUGACCCACCCUCACCCAUCAACACUUACCUUCCCCGCCUUGGUGAUGGAGCAAGCAUGUAGCCUCGAUAACACUGACCAACUGGAUGGAAGCUUAUCACCCAAAUUAAAAAGUCUAAGCGGAAAUGAGGGCUGCUGUGCUGUGUGUGGGGACAACGCCUCCUGUCAGCACUAUGGGGUUCGCACCUGUGAGGGAUGCAAAGGGUUUUUCAAGCGCACAGUACAAAAAAAUUCCAAGUAUGUUUGUCUUGCCAACAAGGACUGUCCUGUGGACAAGAGGCGGCGGAAUCGAUGCCAGUUCUGCCGUUUCCAGAAGUGUCUAACUGUAGGCAUGGUGAGGGAAGUUGUAAGAACGGAUAGCCUGAAAGGACGAAGAGGUCGCCUGCCUUCCAAGCCUAAAGUCGCCCAGGAUGUGACAACCACUGUGUCUCCAGUGAGCAUGAUCGCUUCACUUGUGAGGGCCCACAUCGACUCCAACCCUGGCGUUGGGAAUCUGGAUCACUCCAAGUAUGAAGAGACAGAAGUCAGUCCGAACCAGAAAGAGGAUGCUAGUGACAUCAAACGGUUUUACGACUUACUCACAGCCUCCAUGGAGGUCAUCAGGAAGUGGGCGAAGAGCAUCCCAGGUUUCUCUGAGUUCUGCUCAGAAGACCAGGAACUGCUGCUGGAAUCUGCGUUUGUUGAGCUCUUCAUCCUGCGUGUUGCGUAUCGUUCCAAUCCUGAAAUGGACAAGCUCAUCUUCUGCAAUGGGGCUGUGCUUCACAAAACGCAGUGUGUCCGAAGCUUUGGGGACUGGAUUGACUCCAUCUUGGAGUUUUCUCAAACCCUCCAUCGCAUGAAGCUAGACGUUUCCUCCUUCUCCUGUCUCACAGCCCUGGUCAUAAUCACUGACCGACAUGGUCUUAAGGAACCAGCACGUGUGGAAGACUUGCAGAACCAGCUCAUCACCUGCCUUAAAGAUCACGUCUCUGGCUGCGGCUCCAACUCGUUGCGGCCCAAUUAUUUGUCCAGACUUCUCGGGAAGCUGCCUGAGCUCAGGACUCUGUGCACUCAAGGGCUCCAGCGUAUCUUUUACCUUAAAUUAGAAGAUCUUGUUCCUCCACCACCAAUUGUGGAUAAAAUUUUCAUGGAUACACUUCCGUUUUGAGUGUGAGAUGGGAGAUCGACCAUCUGUGAUAUAAAAUCUGGAGUUUAUAUGAGAGCCAAAGAGAACAGACUCAUACUUCAGGUAGUAUUAAGUGAAACUGCAAGAAGAUAAAAAGAACAAUAAUCCUAAGGGAUUGUGCAGCUCAGAGGAAAAGGGCUACUUCUGAAUUACAAAGUGAAUGAGUUAUAAAACUUGCAGAGGCAACAUGUAUGCGGAGCCAGCGCAAAAUGCUCUUCCUAGUUUGUGUUUCCAGGAUAUUGUGUACUCUGCAGAUGGAAUUAAACAGGCCAGCUCAUGGACCAAAAGGUGACUGUUUACAUAUAACAAGGUGCCAUGAAUGGAAACAGUUCUGACAGAGGGAAGAUGAUUGCACUUUCCAAACAGUUACACAUUUAAUACAAAUAAUAUCUGCGCCAUCAUUUCAUGUAUGUAAUGAGCACAAUCAUUUUGCUUUUUUUUGGUAACUAUCUUUUGUUGUGAUUGGGAUGACCGUAAUUUGCACAUAAAAUAUCCGACAAAGCAUUAUUAUGAUAUCUUCAGCUCAAGUAUUAAAAAUGGUCAUCGUUAUAUUUCUGUUUAGAUUAAAUACUUCAGCUGCUCCAGCAUGUUCAAACAAGCAAAUUAUUUCACAGAACCGCUUUGUCAUUCUAACACACUUUCUAGCCCCCAAACUGAGCUUUGGUGAGUCCACACACAUCAACAUCCAAAGCAUCAGUCACUCAAACCUCUAGUUUGCUUUAUAUUUAAUAAAGUAGGUUAAACCUACAGAAUUAUUCAGUAGUAUAAUUCAUGUAUCAUGAAUAGACAUUGAGCAGCUAAUAUACUGUGUAUCAUCCAGAACAGUCUUAUACACUGGUCUUGUAUGUAGAUUAUUUUGAAUCUGUUUUAAACUUGCUGGUGUUUUUGCCACAUGAACUGUAUUCUGCAGUCUGGGGAAAAUUUUGUUUGGGGCCUGUUAUUUUUACAUAGUAAGAAGUUAUAUUUUACUGCAGCUAAACAUGAAAUAAAAUUUAAAACUACA